CCCAGCCCAUUAAUAUAGCCCAGAUAUCCAAAACUCUAGAUUAUAACUUUACCUCUAAUCUUAACCAUUACUCCAUUACUCCAUUUAUUCUCUAUCCAUGGAUGAGAUGAUGACCAAAGGAAUGAGCACGUAAACAGGUUCAAUGUCUAAGAAGGUGAAUAAAGAUCGUUUGGCAGAGGCAGUUACAAUUUUCAUGAACUCAUUCCAGAGAGUAUGUUCAAAACAAGAUCAAUACGACAUCGAAGGCUAGCGGGAAAGAAAUCCAUGACAUUUCAAAAGUGGAUGGCAUAUUUCUUCAUCAAGUUUUGAAGACAGUUAAAAAAUUUAUGAAUAUGCCAAAUGAGUUUCAAAUGCUCAAGGAUUUGCUUGAAGAAAAGAAGCUGGAUUGGAUUUUGAUGUGCUUGGAAGAACGAUCGAAUUAUGAAAAAUUACGAAAUAUUAAACAUAUACUUCAUGUAUUAGUAUCUUCAAAUUCAAUGGCUAAACUGGUGACGCAGGGCAAUUGCCGGCACGAAUCGGCGUGUGACGCGGUGGAUCACUCUCUGCUCAACCGGAUCAUACUUAAGCGAGUGGAUUGGGGGAUGAGAUUUUGUGGAAUCUAAGUCUGAAGUAUUUGGCCGGCGAUGGGUUUCACAAAUGGAUAGCCUUUGUCUUUUGUCUCAAAAACUUCACAAAGUCGCAAUGACCAUUUCACGACUGCCGAUACCCCCCAACAUGGAGCCUGGUGGUUGGAGUCUGGCUUUUUCGAAGUUGUUGAAGCCGAAACUCUGCCCUGAGCCUGGUACUUGUAGUGGUAGUGAUGAAUCACAUUGAGCACAUAUUCACCGCGUCCAGAAACACAGCCGAUCUGUGUACCCUACGUCACCCUUGAAUUUGAAUCUUGGUAAGGAGAGGAAUUUGCAAAUGCAGAAUAAUAUGUUCUAUUCCACUUUCUCAUUACUUAUGUGUCCACAUUUGCAAUUUCCUCUACAUACCCUUAGCUUAUUUUGUUUCAUUGAUUUUUGAGAAAAAAUUGUUUAUCUUUUGUUUCACCAUAUAGAUUUCGCCUUCAAGAUUUACUGAGUUUAUCCGGAUCAAUGUGGUUUUAUUUUUCAUGUAUUCAUCUGUUCGUAUGCAUCCCUGUGAUGAAACAUUUAGUAAUCUGAACUGGUGGUGCUCCCUCUCGUCCUGUUGCGGGAGGUGGAGGAACCCGUGGCGGCUUCUUGCCAGGUUGAUAUCAGGCAUUGCUGAGGGAUGAGGAUUUAACUAUUUUAAAUGUUUUAUAGAUUUGUUUUUUUCUCUUAAACAUGUUUUUGUUUUCUGUGUUUCUUAAACAUGAUCAUCCUUGUAACAUUCAACAAUGUCCUUUGCUGCCCUCACCAGUAAGAGUGAGGGGAACACAUUUUUACAUUAAAAAAUGGUUGGAGUUGAUCAAGACCAUGAUUAUGCUCUUUCUUUCUUGUAAUGGAUGAUGUUAGUGGCUAAUGGCUAUUUAAUUACUUUUACGGUUGUACAUUAUGCUUUGAGAAUCUUAAGGCAAUAAAUUGAAUAAGAUUCUUGAAUUUUCACAACUCCUGUCUAUGGGAGAACAUGAAAUUAUGAAUUAGAGACUCCUUUCUCUUGCACACAUUUAAUAGGGUGUUUCGAGCCUAGCCUUGGGAGGACACCAACCAGAUAAAGAAGACAGAUUCAAAAAAGAGAAAAGCACGGGAGGCGGGGGGGACUGCCAAUGGGAAUUUGUUGGUGUGCCGCGGCAGUGCAUCAGCAAGCCAGAGAAGAAACAGAGGAGGCACCUGCGUAGCCACAACCUCCCAGACACAGUAUCUUGCUAAAAAAGGCACAUAAAUACUUAAUAAUAUACUUGUGAUUUG